ACGGCUAGGAGCGCAGACCGCAGUGUCUACUGCUUGUUUGCACAAAACAAGUUAAGAACUACGUUUCCCGGGAUGCUUUUCCAGUCUCAGCAUUCGAACGUAUGGUGGGGCGACAGGCUGAGUGCUGACAUGGCUGCUUCCAUGGAGUUGGUGAGAUCCAAGAUCGGUCCACAGUUAAUAAUCUUAUUUUUUCUAGGCUUAUUCAUCCCCUCAGCAACUGCACUCAUUGAGGGACUUUACUGCGGUACAGAUAUUUGCUAUGAUGUGCUUGGGGUAUCCAGAGAAUCAACAAAGUUAGAGAUUGCACGGGCUUAUAGACAGCUAGCAAGAAAGUAUCACCCGGACAGGUACCGGGCCGGGGAUCCAGGUCUGGCUGGAGAGACUGCAGAAAGUGCCCAUCAGAAAUUCCUACUCAUCGCCACUGCCUACGAGACGCUGAAGGAUGAAGAGUCGCGGAAGGAUUAUGAUUACAUGCUGGAUCACCCUGAAGAGUACUACAGCCACUACUACCAUUACUACAGUAGGAGGCUGGCGCCCAAAGUGGACGUCAGGAUAGUCAUUCUCGUAACAGUGUGUGCCAUCUCUCUGUUCCAGUAUUAUAGCUGGUGGAGUAGUUACACUGAAGCCAUUAACUACCUAACCACCGUACCCAAGUACCGAAUCCAGGCUGCAGAGCUUGCCAGACAACAGGGGCUGCUCAACAAGACUAAAGAGAAGGGUAAAAACAGGAGGUCGAAGGAAGAGAUCCGAGAAGAGGAGGAGGAAAUUAUCAGGGACAUCAUUAAAACCAAGAUCGACAUCAAAGGCGGCUACCAGAAGCCCAGCAUAUCAGACAUACUGCUGUGUAAGAUCGUGCUAGCGCCCUACUUCUUGUGCAUGUACGUCAUGUGGUACUGUCGGUGGAUAUACCUCUUCACCAUCAAGGGGGAGGAGUAUGGGGAGGAGGAGAAGCUCUAUCUCAUUUGCAAGAACAUGAAGAUGUCCCAGGCUCAGUUUGACAGCCACGAGGACCAUCAGGUGCAAACCUUCUUGGAACGACAACUUUGGAUCAAAGAAAACUAUGAGGUAUACAAGCAAGAGCAAGAGGAAGAGAUGAAAAUGAAGAUGGCGUUGGACCCUCGGUGGAAAAGAUACAGACGGUGGAUGAAAAAUGAUGGGCCUGGAAGAUUAACGUUCAUUGAUGACUGAAGACAAACCACACUACACUACCACAAAUAUAGAUAUACAUAUAUAUAUAUAUAUAUAUAUAUAUAUAUAUAU